AUGUCAAAUUUUACAUUAAUUACUACUUGGUUAAGUGGUAUUGUUCUUUGUGGAAUUAAUUUAGUUAAUGUACUAUUUCAUGCGUUAUGUAUUGUUGAUCUUGAAUCAGAUGAAUUAUCACCAAUUGAUUUUUGUCGACGAGUUAAUCGAUUAUUAUUUCCAGAAUUUAUUAUUCAUUCAAUAUUAACUUUAUUAUUUAUUCCUCAUUUAAAUUGGUUAGAAUUAUUAUUAACAUUACCAGUAUUACUUUUUGAUAUUAUUCAAUUGUUUAAAAAGGAUUUUCAAUAUAAUCCAACUUCUGUAUUUUAUCAAAUAAAAAAUAGAGAAAAAUUAAGUUAUACAAAAUUAGCUUAUUAUUUAGCUCUUAUUUUUAUUUUAUUAGCAAGACUUUUAUACUUCGUAAUUAUGAAUUACAGUCUUUCUAAAGGAAAGAAUUUAAAAGUGUAG